AUGGAUCCCGACACUACAUUUUCUCUGCCAAGUCUCUUGUGUGAAGAAGAUGAAUCGUCUUUAAACGAAAUCAAGCUCGAUGCUUCCUUACCUAAAUCGGAAGACGAUCGGUAUAUACGAUCUCUGAUCGAAACAGAAUCCAAAUCAAAUGAUUAUGGUUGCGUUUGCGUUUCCGAUGAUGAUAAGAGUAGAAACUGGUUCAAAUGUGCUCGAUUAGACGCCAUUAACUGGAUUUUCAGUACUAGAGAAAUUUUAGGUUUUCAAUUUCGUACAGCUUAUCUCUCUUUGACAUACUUCGAUCGAUUCAUUUCAAGGCGAUUUAUCGAUAUUGGGAAAGAAUGGGCUAUCCAGUUGCUUUGUAUUGCAUGCUUAUCUUUAGCUGCUAAAAUGGAGGAACAAGUUGCGCCAUCAUUGUCCCGCUACAAAGCACAAGGGUACAAAUUCGAAAGCAGUGUGAUUCAAAGAAUGGAAUUAAUGAUUUUGACAACAUUAGAAUGGAAAAUGUCCUGCAUUACCCCAUUUGCUUAUCUUCACCAUUUCUUCUCCAAAGUUCAAGAUGAAUGUGACUGUGAUGAGUUUCUAGUGUCCAAAUCCAUUGAACUCAUUCUUGAUUUCUCCAAAGAGUUUAAUUCAAUGGAUUAUAGGCCAUCUGUUGUUGCCAUAGCCUCAGUGUUAUUAGCUUGUGAUGAUCAAUUAACAAGAAACACAAUGGAGUUGAAGAUUGGUGUAGUGUCAUCCCUUUACUCUCUAGAAAAAGAACAUAUAUACUUGUGUUACAAUCUUUUGAAGGAUAUCAAGACUAAAAAGAAUAACACUCCAUGCUUGAUGAAUUCGUUUAGUUCAUUAAGAACUCAUUGGAGCCCUUCUUCCACCAUUAAGAGGAAGCUUAGAUUUGAACAAAAUUGUCCAUUGCAGAAGAUUAUUAGGAGAUAG